AUGGUUGCCCACCGACAUGCAAUCCGCACACCAGCAUGGCUGCCCACCGACAUGCACUCCGACACCAACGCGGCCGUGCAACCUCCCCUGCAGGCACUUGCGUUCCCGCGCGGCGCCCUCGUGCGACGAAAGGGAGGCCAGAUUCCGGCCGAGGGUCGCGUCGCGGCAUCCAAGGGAGAGGCGGGCGGCCAAUCAUCGGCCGGGCCCUGGAUGAUGCGGGCGCACGUCGUCACAACCUGCGAGGACGCAGGCGCACGCGUGUCCCCGUCCCGCAGCGUCGACGCACAACACGCAGAGCGCACCGAGUAA